AUGAGUUCAACACAGCAGAUGUCUUCGACUGUCAAUGGUAGCACUGCGUUAGCGCCAAACAAAGUGGCAGAGUUGGUGCGACAACUAGCAGUGACACAGUAUGAGGCACAACAGCUUCGUCAACAGAUGGAGCUUAUGGAAAACGAAAACAAAUCGUUUCGUAAUGCUUUAUCUCAAAGACAAAAUGAGAAUAGACUUGAUAAAAAUGCACAUAACGGACAAUUUUACCACCGACAAGAACGAGAACAAAACCAACAAGAGGAACAACAACAACAACAACAACAGCAGCGAAGUGAUAACAGAGGACCACGUGAAACUGCUAGUACAAAUGUUAGUAUGAAUGACAACAAUCGCAUAGAGAAACCAAGAUUUAUAGAUCGACUACUGCACUCUCCUGGAAAGAAACAUUUAUCACCAUUACAACGACAACAACAACAAGAAGAACAACAAGAACAAGAACGGUUUGACUCAAGGAUAAAAUAUAAAUCUCCACUACGGUCUUCUAGAAAGACUACGGAAGAUUUCCCUAAUAUGUGUACAGAGGGAGUGGAAGUUCACGCUUCUUCUUCUUCUUUAGAUGAUUCUUACUGGAAGAAAAAGUACUUAAAACUGAAACGUUUGCACGCGAAAUCAUUAAUGGAACGUGACUUGCAGUUGUCUGAGGUACAACAAUUGGUAUUUCAAAUUCACGAAGAACACGAUGAAAUGCGUCAUUCCCAUGCACAAGAUCGUCUACGACAACAAUUAGAACAAGAAUCAAAAUUUCGAGAAAUGUUAGAGAAAAGAGCUAAAAUACUUGAGGAUGAACUCAUUGAAUGGCGGCAACGUUUUUUACGGUUUAUAGAGGAUCCUGGGGUUGCACGGUAUCGUUUAGUGGCUCAAGAGAUACCGGCCUCACCAAACAACAUUACAGACAUUGGAAGACCACAUUACCCAGAAGGAUUAAACCAAACAAUUCCUUCUUUUACACUUGCAGAUGGUGUAGUACAUUCUGUAAUUGAUACUGGUUCAUCUUCACAAAAUGUCUCUCCAUCUCUUCCCAGUCACCAGUGCAACAUGGCUGGGAUUAAUAAUAUUAAUAAUACUAAUAAUAAUAAUAGUGAUAAUGGAUUAGAUCUAGGGCAACGGCGGCGUCAGCAUUUAAACGUUAGAGCUAAUAUCUUUGCUGGAGAAACGUGGAACUAUGGUGUACCGCAUAAAGUUUUAUCCACUGUAAACAGUUUAUCAGCUGCUAUACAAGUCUCUCCCACAACUACAACAGCAACAUCACAGACCGAAAUGUGCUCUAGGAGGUCUAUUGGGAUUCAGGUAGAUGCAGGUGAUGAUGAUACAGUAGUUGAUGAUAUACAGAAAAAAACAAGAAAGAUUGAUUGGGUACAAUGUGCGAGGAAAUCAACUAUCGCUUAUCAAGAUAGAAAUACGAUGGAUCUUCAAAGUUGUCUUUUACGUGAUACAAGGAAUGGUUCAAUGUCAUUAAAAAAUCCUCAGCAAAUUCCUGCUGAAGAUUUUAAAGGUCACUUCUACUACUCGGUAAAUGAGGAACAAUCGAGUGAUCGUGGAUUUGAGACAUCACCUAUGCCUCCUGUAGGCUAUCAGUUAAAUGGAAGGCGAUCUUCUAGAUCAUUUCCUAUUUAUUCUGAAUCAACAGGGAUAACAAGGUCUACUUUUAGUGAACCAUUAGGGUUUAUACCUGGAGAUGAUCAGAUGGAACGUGAACGCCUAGAUGAGGACAUUCGUAAACACGAUCAACUUCUAGAAGCUGUAGCGAAAUUGCAGCGACAAGCUCAACGUGCAGCCAAGACACCAUCUUUUUAG